AUGUCACCACCAUCUCCUGGCUUCUCCGAAAUCCAGAAGCCGCUUCAUUUUCCCGGCAGAGAUUCUCUAGAACUUGCCUCCCUGGCCGACUCCGAGCACGAUGAGCUGCCCACCUCCGAGGAUUCGUCGCGUUCCGGUAUUUCCUCCUCCAGACGACUCUCGCUCGAGAACGAGGAUCCCUUAGACAGUGCGAACCCAGCCUCGGCUCGCGGCCUGGCUCAUGGGCGCUCCUACUCCGUCUCAUCCGCCUUUGACUUCACCCCUGCGCUGUUCCCACUUUCUUCGACUGCAGGAGGAGGAUACACCGCGCUAGGCAAUCCGUCGGCCGUGUCGCUUUCUCUUGAGAGACGUGGGGCGUUGCAAAAUCUGGAAAAGAACAAGACCUUGACAUACCUCAACGGGCUCUCGCUGGUCGUCGGGUUGAUUAUAGGUUCUGGGAUUUUCUCUUCUCCAGCACAAGUGAAUUCACAUGUGGGAUCUCCGGGCGCAGCACUGCUGGUGUGGACAAUUUCUGGCCUGCUGGCAUGGACAGGCGCAGCUUCGUAUGCCGAACUUGGAGGUGCUAUACCACUGAAUGGAGGUGCGCAGGUCUAUCUAGCUAAAAUCUUUGGCGAGGUGGUGGGAUUUCUGUUCACCUGGUCGGCUAUUCUCGUCCUCAAACCCGGCGGAGCUGCCAUCAUCGCCAUUAUAUUUGGCGAAUAUGUUGUCCGUGCAGCGAUUGGCGCCGAGGUCGAAGACAUCAAUCCAUGGAUCAACAAAAUCCCCGCCUUGGCAGCCCUCGCGCUGGUCACAGUUUUCAACUGCGUCUCGACACGCUUCGCUGCUCGGUUGGGGGAUCUGUUUAUGCUCUUCAAAUUCGUGGCACUCGUGGCAGUGACCAUCAUCGGCAUCGUCGUAGCCGUGACCGGCCUCUCCUUCAACGGCCCUGCCAAUAAAGACUGGCGCGACCACAACUGGUUUGAAAACACGUCGACCGACAUCUCCAGUUGGGCCGUUGCACUCUACGCUGGGCUCUGGGCUUUUGACGGAUGGGAUAACACCAACUACGUGACUGGCGAGUUUAAAAACCCAGCACGCGAUCUACCGAGAGUCCUUCACACAGCCAUGCCUGCCGUCAUCGUAUGCUAUCUUCUGGCCAAUGUCGCAUACAUCUUCGUCUUACCUUUAGAGACCAUCAACAAAUCCAACACUGUUGCCGUUCAGUUUGGAAGCAAGGUCUUCGGUCCCAUUGGAGCGCUCAUCCUGGCGCUGAUCGUGAGUGCGUCCUGCUUCGGCGCACUGAAUGCCACGACAUUCACCUCUGGCCGCUUGGUCUACGUUGCUGGACGAGAGGGGUACAUCCCUUCUGUGUUCGGGAAGAUUGGAUUUGGGUCUUCGUCUGGUCCGGAGACGCCUGUAUCGUUGACCAAAACUCGCAAAAGGUCAUGGCUUUCGAAAAGCUUUGCCCGGAUAUUUGGAGAUGAAUCCAUCGGCUUGGGAUAUACCCCUGUGAACGCAAUGUUGCUGAAUAUGUUCCUCUGUAUGAUUUACAUUAUCCUCGGCGAGUUCGAAACACUGCUUACAUUCUACGGCGUCGCUGGAUACACUUUCUACUUUCUAACAGUCCUCGGCCUCAUCGUCCUGCGAAUACGCGAGCCCAGACUGGAAAGGCCCUAUCGCACAUUCAUCGCCACUCCCAUCAUCUUCUGCUGCGUCUCUUUGUUUCUGGUUAGCCGGGCUGUGGUUGCGCAGCCUAUCCAGACGGUCAUCGUCAUUGUAUUUGUGGUCAGCGGUCUGCCGGUGUAUUAUUGGCGGGUUGCGAGGAGGGAGGACUCUGGGAGGCAAGGACACCGGGGCAUGGGCAAAAAGGAAGGGCGAUUCUGGCGGAGAUGGGGUCGGUCGUGA